AUGAGGUUACUCCAACUUUCAAUUUCAUUACUAUAUACCGCGAUAUUUUUAUUCAAAAGUAAUUUAUGCAUUGACGAAAGUGAUAAAAAAUUCAUCCUUGAGGGCCAUAACAAUGCUCGCGCCCAAGUAGGGGUAGCACCAAUUUCAUGGGACAAUAAGAUUGAAGCCUAUGUUCAAGACUAUGUUGAUAAGGUAAAAUCUGAUUGCAUUGUCAAAGAUGGUGUAAAGAGUCCAUAUGGGAUGAACAUCGCGUCGGGUUAUGAGGCUAGCAUUGGUUGGGCGGUCAUAGGUGAUUGGGUUAGUGAAAAGAACAACUAUAACUACGCUUCAAAUUCAUGUGUCAAAGGUAAAGAAUGCUCUCAUUAUACUCAAUUGGUUUUUCGUAACUCCGUUCGUGUUGGUUGUGGUAAUGUUUCUUGUGGUGCUGGAUGGCCUUACUAUGCUUGUGCUUAUGAUCCUCCGGGAAAUAUCGAAGGACAACGCCCUUAUUAG